AUAACUUGCAAACGGGCGCCGCCUACCGGCUGGGGCGGGCGGACCGGUCAGGCUCAGUGGCUGCCGAGCCGCUGAAGGAUCGGUCCACGAGGUGAGCGCUACACCUCGACACGGGUGGCGGCGCCGGCGCGGGAUGCGCCGCCAUGCCGGUACGACACCGCCAGUUUGGGGACGACCUCUCACCCCCGGAACCCAAACGCUGCAAGCACUGCGACGAGAGCCGUUCAACGUGCGGCGGUGGCGGUGGCACCGAGGGGUCUGAGGGGCGCGCGUCGUGGCGCGUCACGUUGGACCACGACCUUGUGGAGACCUUGAGCGCCAUCUACCCCGAGUGGUUCAAGCAGCCGCGGAGGGAGCGCUCCUCGCCCCUCUCGCCAGCCUCGCCCUGCACACCCCCUGAAGACGACACCUUCAGUUCGGGCGCGGAGGAGAUGGCCGGUCGUCAAGCCUCUAACAGCGGUACGAGCGAGCCCAGCUCGCCGCCGCGACUUUCCCCGCCCAAGGUUGUAGUUGACGACAGCCCGUUACAACCGGCCAUGGACAAACAUAAAGAAUCGCUUAAAGUGAAGCUGAUGAAUCGCCGCUCGUUCAACCAGCUGGUGCAGCAGGGCAUCAUGCCGCCGUUAAAAACACCGCCGGCUUAUUUUGAACGAAGGAAGCAAUUAGAGAGAGCUAAGACGGGCGAUUUCCUUAAAUCCAAGAUUCAAAGUAGACCGGAUCGACAGGAACUGGAGCGUAGACAUAUCUUGGAACAGGAAAGUCACGUGGAUCCAAGUUUGGCCGAAAAGCAGCGAAUGUUAAAAAAGGCGCGGCUAGCCGAUCAGUUGAAUAAUCAAAUAUCUCACCGACCGGGGCCGCUGGAGCUGAUUAAGAAGAACAUCCUUCAUACGGAGGAGAAUAUUGAAACUGCCGUGAAAAGUGGCAUCCUUCCAUUCAAGGCUACCAGUGAGGGUGCGUCUGGCCGGCCCCAGCUCCCCUCGUCCUACUACGGUCCGCCGGAAGAGGUGUCUCCGUCCCCUUCCCCGCCGUCUACACUAUCGCCUGUGAGCAUCACGCUCGCCAGUGAGAGCACGCCGCAACAGCAUGCGGCACCCGGCAAGGAACCUAAGAAAAGGAAACCAAAAUUGAAGCAACAAAUAAAACCACGUUACAAAUUCCAUGAAUACAAAGGUCCGACGAACGCCCAGACUGCGCCCUCGCCUUCCGGGUCUAUGGAGACCCCGUACGAGCUUCUACUGCAGCAGCAGCAGUUGCUGUUGCAGCUAAUGCUGCCCGCCUCGCCGGCGCCGUCGUCGGCGUCCAUAGCGUCGGAUUCGUCGGACGCUCUGCCACCGCCGCCGCCGCCCCUACCGGCCUCUACGUCUCUGGUAGCGGCUCGCUUUGAAGAGAUGAAAGUGUCCGACCUCAGAGCCGAGUGCAAGAGGAGGAACUUGCGGGUGUCCGGACCUAAACCGCAGCUGAUAGACCGCCUUCAGAACUUCCACAGGGAAAUGCAAGAGGAGACUCCUCGCUCCCCGGCUUCAGUCGCGUCGCCGGAGUCGAGGGCUGAGUCAGAGCCUUCAGAGGACAUAGUGCAGUCGCAGCGGCGACUCAUAGAAGAGUUGGAGAGACAAUUAGAAGAGUCACGACAGCAGCUGGAGGCGGUGCGGCGGGAGGCAGCGGGAGCAGCAGCUAGCGACCACAGCCGCCGUUUACUUCACGCAUAUGUAUGCGUCACCAAGCUGCGAGCCAAGCUUGAUGCGCUGCAGCAGCCGGCCCCCGCGCCGGCGCCCCCCGCCCCGCGGUAUGUGCUCGCCGCUCCCGACACUACACAGGAUCGUCUCGUCUUCACGGUGACGUCUCCGUCUUCCAAUGAAACCUCUGACGUCACACCUACGAAACCUGUCAAUCCGGCGUAUAUCUUGAACGGUGUUAAAGUGGUCCCGAUAGCCAUCCUCCCCACUGCACACUAUGAACCCGAGCGCGCCGUCCCCCCACCACCGCCGCCGCCACCACCAUUACCGCCUUUAACUCAGCAGACUACCACCACCCUGCAUGAUAACGCCGAAGACAGUCAAAUUAUGAACGAUGUCUUAGAAAUUCUUGUAGAAAAUGGUGAAUUACCGCCGUCUGCUGUCGGCGACGUGUCCUCGAACAGAUCGAUCGACACCGGCUACCUCACGGCCGGGUCGGGGGACUACACGCCCACGGAUGUACUCAGCGACGACAUUCUAGGAGAUUCGCACGUCCGAGAUUCGCUCACUGCGGACGAAUUGCAGAGAGAGCUCAACGACAUCAUGAGCCAUACAGACUUAAAUUCCAUAAGCAACAGGUGCGACAUAGACUCCGAUCUGAACGUCGACCAGCUGGCUAACAAUGAGUUCAACGCCAACUUCUGCAACUCGGACUCCAUAUCCAGCCAUCACGACGACUUCCUGUCCGGGUUCCCCUCCAACGCCAUGGACAUAGACGACGAGGUCCCGGAGAGGAUGUCCAUGACGCCGCUCACCAACGGCGACAUGUUGGACCACACGCGCACCGGCUUCGGCGACAUGAACGAUCUGUCGCUGCCGUGCUUCAACGACGAGCGGCCGUGCGUGUUCGACUUCAACGAGUACGAGCUCGGGGCCGACAUGAACGUGGACGACCCUUACGAAUAUAUGAGCACGGAGCUCAUACCCAACGUGUUCGGCAGAGGCCACGUGCCCCAGUCAGACCCGGUGCUGGGAGGAGUGCUGCGACCUGCGGCCCCACGUCCGGCCAGCAAGCACUACUCCUGGGACAAGAUCGAGUACGACGCCACUUGACCCCGGACGACCCCACUACGUCACUGACGCUCUCUAAAGCCGGGAACGCAUUACUGUCCCGUGUCGUGUUGUGUAGGGACCGUUCCAUCUGUGUCCUAUAAUAAGUAUGACUAACAAUGUAUCGCCGACGGUGGUUGUGGAUGUGUCUACAUAUCGCGACGGGCUAGUGUAUCUCUAGCAUUACAACAUGAUCUCGUAGUCCGCGGGUCGGACAGUGUGAGUGAGAUAAUGGCGAAAAUUAACUCUAGUCUACCAGUGACGCCUCCGUGAUGAAGACUUUGGACUAUAAUUAGAUUAAUUGUCAAACACAUAGUGUUUACGGUGAUGAUAGUGAAGGACAAUACAUGUACUUAAUGUUUCUUACGGAUGUUUGUAUCGCUAGAUGUUAAUUUUUUUUUUUUUGUAUAUUUAAGUGAUUUGUGUUUUAUUUAUUAGUGAGUGUGAUUCGUCCAUCACCAGCUCGUGCGAGGGCAUACUUGGCUCACAUAUUCAUAUUAAACUCGUAUAUAUACUGAGGCCUAUCUACUUAUGUAUAUAAGGAAGCAAAAUAAUAUUCGACAUAGUUGUGGGUGACUGCAUUCCGCCCGAUGUCUAACUAAAAGGGGAAAUUUAACUUAGUGAAGUUUAUCUUUCGUUAUAGUACGAACUAUUGUUUCUAUUGGGUGAUGCGACUGUGACACAUCAAUCAAUGUGCGGUUCGUUUUCUAACUGUCAUCAAAUUUUAAUUAUUUCCCAUAUCCAUAUAUGACAUUCCAAUCUUGUUGAAAUGCAUAUUGCAGUGACCUCUGAUGACCUAUGCCAAUGAAAUAAAUCACAGGGAACAUCCAAAUAUCUAUUGAGAGGGCAAACUGCAUUUUGACAAGCCAUCGUCAUGGGUGGGGCCAGUUUGGGAACAAUAUUAGAUAUGAACUCAUUUAGAUAAACCUAGGUAGCCGGCUCUAAACAGAUUAUUAUGCAAGCAGUCUUAUACUAUUGUUUGUAAAUUGUACCUACUACUUCCACUUAUUGUUUAAGUUUAUAGACCCUUAAUUUUUUUUUUUUUUGGUGUUAGUGUGGUGUAAAUGACUCAACGAAUUUUCCUAAUUUUAAAAAUAUAUUUAUAUUAAUUCUAAAGUAUAUAUUAUAAAUAUUGUAUGAACGCAACAUUCUUGAAAAUGUAUCAUUCCAGUUUAUUGUCUAAAGCUUAGGAUAGGUGCACCUUUUAUCGAUAAUAUUUCUUUUGCAAUAUAAGAUUGUUUGCAUAAUUUUUGUCACAUCACUAUUUAUCCUGUUCUCUUGAGACAACCAUUAAUUUUGUUCUGAUUUAUAAUGUAAUGUGCUAAGCGUUAGUUGUGUGGCGUGUUCCUCGCUAUCACCUCGGCUUUAUCGCGGUUCAUCUUUGUAAAAUUAUAAUUUUGUAAAUCGGAAUGAAUAUCAAGCCAUUAUUUGCAUUUAUAGUCUUAUUUUUUUUUUUAAACCGAUUCUGACAACGAAAGUGGCUUUUGCUGUCCCAUUGUGCCAAGAUUACAAUUUUUAAUCAUGAACUUUUUUCCACAAGGAGAUUAUUUAUAAAUUUUGUAUGUAAUAUUAAGUUAUAACGCCAACGGUCUGGGUAUUAACGAUAUUGGUGGAAACAUGUGAGAGUACUUUAUUUCUGAAGUACGCUCACAUAAGCUUUGGUGCUAUAAACAUAUAAGUAGUGAAAAGUAUAUAUAUAUAUAUAAAUUAUUUUGGAUUAAAAUAUUAUAAUAACAAUUACCAAGCUAGAAAAAAAAAAUUCAGCUCCAACAACCACUGUAGGUAAUUGCCAACCUGCCAGCGUGCGAAUAAUUUGAAAACUUGAGAACUAAAAAAAAAUAUAUAUCAUUAAACAUGUUUUGUGUUUUGCUUUACUAAAAUUAAGUAUUAUUCCAUUAUUUAAAUAAGGUAAACUAACUUUUUUUUUUUUAAACAUUAAUAUUUAUUAUAAUUCUAAUUGCUCAUCUAAAUUAUACCUAUCCAUUCUAGCCAAUUAUUUUCUUGCACGGUGUAGCUUACACUGAUGGUAAGUUUUUUUUUUUUAGUCUGCUGAAGUUCUACUCCUAAUACUGUUAAGGGCUAGCAUAUAUUGGUGACAAGGAAUAUUAAGUGAGAUUAAUGUUUUGAUUAAACUAUGUAUCUGCAUAUUUGUUAUUAUUGUUGUAAUUAUUGUAGGAGAGUUUUUAACAUUUGUUUUCUAAUAAUAUAUCUGAGGUGAUACACAGUGCUGAAUUUUUGUAUAAUUUUAGCUGUUUUACAUCAUAUUUAAUUUAGUACCGGCUUCGUUAUAUCGCUGUAUGUGAAUUAUUGUCAAUAACAGUGCAUUAUAUCCCAAACUUAUAACACUAUACUUUGUAUUCUAUGCGUAUCAUAAAUCAGUAGUUACGUGGGAGCUCGGACUUGGAGCCAAGUAUUCAUAACAUUAAUGUGACAUCAUUGGUCAUGAGUAAAAUUUUGUUUUUUUUCUUUCUACCUUGCCGUAUAAUGAAGCCCUGUAAAUAAUUACCAAGCCUUUACUAGUAUAAGAAAUUGUUGAAACAAAAACUUUGACAUAAA